UUGUCCCACUCAAUGUUCACUGUGACUAGUUAACGGACACUUCUCUCAUUUGGCUGUUUGCUUCCUUACGACGUAGUCUUAGCCCAACAUGAAGCCAGCGGCCACCAGCCCUGCACCGGGGGAUGAGAGUAAGAGUGUCCCUCUUCCCCAAGGCUGGAGAUGUUACAAGUCCCCCGAGGGAUGCAGGUACUACGUCAACACCGGCAGCAAAGAAACAACAUGGGAACGGCCCUCUGCUACUUAUGGAACCCCAGUGAGACCACUGGCACAAAGAAACUUCUUACCAGAAGCCAAUGGAACACCUUAUACCACAGGAAGUGCUAAGCAUCCCACGGACCCCCCUGGCGUACCCCUACGGAGAGCCACUAUGGACAAACAGAACCCGGGGAACAAUUCGCCAGCUAAGAGGCAAAACAAGGAGAUCAAGGAGACCAAGAUAACAAUCAACUGCGUCACCUUCCCGCUGCCCAGUGUGAUGCCAGAUCAGCCAGAGCAGCAGCUACUGAAGCCCAAUGAGUGGAGCUACUGUGACUACUUCUGGACUGACAAGAAGGACCCCCAAGGGACCCCCUCUGUGGGCGGCUUUGAGGUGCUGCUGCAGAAACAGCUCAAGGGCAAACAGAUGCAGAAAGAGAUGGCUGAGUUCGUCCGGGAGAGGAUAAAGAUUGAAGAUGAAUACUCUAAGAACCUCUCCAAGCUCUCCCAGAGCCCCUUGGCUGCUCAGGAGGAAGGAACCCUUGGGGAAGCUUGGGCCCAGCUGAAGAGGAGUUGUCAUGACGAGGCUGAAGUCCACCUCAAGUUCUCCAAUAAGCUCCAGUGUGAGGUGGAGAAGCCCCUGCUGACGUUCAGAGACAACUUCAAGAAGGAGUUGAAGAAGUACGAUCACCACAUCAUAGACCUCAGGAAGCAGCUGGCCAGCCGCUAUGCAGGCGUGGAGAAGGCCCGUAAAGCCCUGGCAGACCGGCAGAAAGAUCUGGAAGUGAAGACCCAGCAGCUGGACAUCAAGCACAUGAACAAACACGAGGAGGACAUCAAGAAGGCCCGGCGGAAAUCCACACAAGCAGGUGAUGACCUCAUGCACAAUGUGGACCUGUACAACCGGGCCCAGUCCAAGUGGUUUGAGGAGAUGGCAGAUAUCGUGAGCUCUGAGACUUGA